AUCGUGCUACCAAAAAAAAGAAGAAAAGAACGAGGCUGCUUCCAUUUAAAGCCGAUAAAUAAAUAAAUAAAUAAAUAAAUAAGCGCGUGUUAAAGUUAAAAUCCAAACUAUGCUAUGCACCCUUCUCUCGUCUGCUACAGAGACAAACUCCACCGCUCUCUGAGACCCUUGCUGUUCCCGCCACUCGUUCGGCGAAAUGUCGCGGCCAAAUCUUGCGGAACUAAACCAUUCACGACUCAUGAAGCAGUUGGUCUCUUCCUUCGAGCCCAUCGUUCGGACGUAUCCCCCCUCGACGAUUCCACUCUUUCGUCGAUCCUCAGACUAUGCGGAGCAUUAUCGGAUGUUGUAUUCGGAAAACAAUUGCAUUCGCUUUGUGUUAAGUAUGAUCAGGACAAAGCUCUUAGUGUGGGAACUUCUUUGUUAGGCAUGUACGCCAAGUGCCACAGCAUCGAAGAUGCAGCGAAGGUGUUCGAUGGAAUGCCCGAAAGAAAUGCCGUCGCAUGGACGACACUGAUUGCGGGGCGUACCCAGUGCGGGUCCCGUGAAUCCGUGCCGGAACUCUUCUUUCGGAUGCAAGUGGAAGGAUUUUGGCCCAACCCGCUCACCUUCUCCGGUGUUCUUGCAGCUGCCGCGGCCGACAGAGCGAUCGAGCAAGGGAAGAGGGUGCACGGCCAGCUGAUUAAAUUUGGGUAUCGGUCCACCGUCUUCGUGUGUAAUUCGCUUAUUAAUAUGUACUCAAAGUGCGGACAAGUAGAAGAAUCCGUGUUGGUAUUUGAGAGGAUGGAGAACAGAGAUGCCGUGAGUUGGAAUUCCAUGAUCGCGGGUCUCGUAUCAAAUGGCCGCGAUCUCGAAGCAUUACAGCAUUUCUAUCAAAUGAGACUUUUGGGGGUGAAGCCAACUCAGCUAAGCUUCGCCACGGUGGUUAAACUUUGUGCAAAUCUAAAACAGUUGGAUUUCGCACGGCAACUCCAUUCUUGCGUAGCGAAAGAAGGGUAUGGAUCGGAUGGCAAUAUCAUGACUGCUCUAAUGGUCGUCUACAGCAAAUGCAAUAAACUAGAAGACGCCUAUGCGUUAUUCUCUUCAAUGGAAGGGGCUCGAAAUGUGGUCUCUUGGACUGCUAUAAUUAGCGGGUAUAUACAAAAUGGAGAUGCUGCUCGUGCUGCAGUUCUGUUUGGCCAAAUGAGGAAAGAUUAUGUCGAGCCGAAUGAUUUCACCUACUCUGUAAUUCUGACGACUUCUCCAACUAUAUCACCCUUUGAAAUCCACGCGCAAGUAAUCAAAAGCAAUUAUCAGCAUGCUCCUUCGGUCGGAACCGCUCUGCUAGCUGCGUACUCUAAAAUUGGGAAUACCCGAGAUGCCCUUUCUAUUUUUGUAAGGAUUGAAGAUAAGGACAUUGUCGCGUGGUCGGCAAUGCUAGCGUGCUAUGCCCAAGCAGGGGAUUGUGAAGGUGCGGUGAAACUGUUUGAAGAAAUGGGAAAGAAGAAAGUAAGACCAAACGAGUUUACUCUUUCGAGCGUUAUCAAUGCCUCCACUUGCCCGACCGCUGCUGCAGACCAGGGCAAGCAAUUCCACGCGAUAUCGAUCAAGUAUAGAUAUCACAACUUUCUCUGUGUUAGCAGUGCUUUACUCACUAUGUAUGCGAAAAAGGGUUGCAUAGAGAGUGCACAAAAAGUGUUUGAGCGGCAAUUAGUGAGGGACUUGGUCUCGUGGAAUUCGAUGGUAUCUGGGUUUGCUCAACAUGGAUAUGGAAAGAAGGCCCUCAAAAUAUUCAAACAAAUGGAAGAUCAGGGCAUGGAAAUGGAUGGGAUCACAUUCAUCGGUGUUCUAUCCGCAUGCACUCAUGCAGGUCUUGUAGAAGAAGGGCGGAGGAACUUCGAUUCGAUGGUGAAAGACCACCAAAUUAGUCCUACAGAUGAACACUAUUCUUGCAUGGUCGAUCUGUAUAGUCGAGCAGGUAAGCUUGAAGAAGCAAUGAGUCUCGUACAGGGGAUGCCGUAUCCAGCUGGCACGACCGUGUGGCGGACACUCUUAUCUGCGUGUAGGCUUCAUAAAAAUAUUGAGCUCGGAAAGCUCGCUGCUGAAAAGUUGAUUACGAUGGAGCCACAAGAUUCGGCUGCUUACGUGCUUCUGUCCAAUAUUUAUGCCACUGCGAGGAGAUGGGAUGAGAGGGCGAGCGUACGGAAGCUUAUGGAUGAGAGGAAAGUGAAGAAAGAAGCAGGGCGCAGUUGGAUUCAGGUUAAGAACAAGGUGCAUUCGUUCGUAGCAUCAGAUAGGGUCCAUCCCAUGUCGGACAAGAUAUAUGAGAAGCUCGAGGAUAUGCUGAGUAGAUUGAAGGGGGAAGGGUACAAGCCUGAUACGGAAUAUGUGCUUCACGAGAUGGAAGAAGAGCAGAAAGAAGAUAUGUUGUUCCGGCAUAGUGAGAAGCUAGCACUCGCAUUUGGGUUGAUGGUCACACCAGAAUGUGCUCCAAUCCACAUUGUGAAGAACCUUCGGAUAUGCGGGGAUUGCCACACGGUGAUGAAGAUGGUGUCGGACGUUGAGGGGAGGGAGAUUGUUGUUAGGGAUUCGACCCGAUUCCACCAUUUUAUGGGUGGUUCGUGUUCCUGUGGGGAUUACUGGUGAGGUGAAGCAAAGAAGAGUUUCAGCUCUUCUUGUGAAGCUUUGAGGAGGUUCGGAAGCUAUCGAAUGCUCGAGCUGAAGCAUUAACGAACAUAAAAUGCAUGACCAUUGGGGCAUUUUGUAAAGAAAGGGAGGUCACCCCAGACAUUUGUACAAUACUUUCACGUCGAGCCACUCCUGGAGCGAGUUAAAGGGCCUGCCAGCGAGAGUAAGAAGUGGGGUUAUUAACGAACAACGAAUAAUAAACUCAGUGGCUCAUUAGGCAUCCAGAAUUGGCUUUUUGAUGGAAUAAGACGAGAGAGAUGUUUUGGGGCUAGCUGAUCAGAAGCAGCAAGAGUUAAUGAUAGGUUUAGGUACUUGUAAGAAUCGAGAGUUACAAGAGGUUGAGAUUAUCGAAUUUGGUUGGACCAAAUAAUCUCCCUCCUUUGGGCACUGUGACCUGGCUUCGAAUCCUGAUUUGAGCAGGAUGUGUGCUUGCUUGGGGCCUAUGGACAUUUUUAGAAAAAAAAACAACUCUCUAGGAUGAGAUUACCGAAUCGCAUUCAAGAAGCCUAGAUCGAACAAGAUUGGAUUUGAAUAAUUCUAUCGUAUAGUAUCGAACCCAUUCGUACAUAUUGUGACCUUCAACACCUCAGAGUUGCUAAACCUUCCCUACCCCCAACAUCAGUCUCUUAAUCCAAUUGAAAUCAAUCUUGAGUGCUAAACAAGGGCUCCAGAUAUAAAGUUAGAGAUGGUAUAUUUCCACCACAAUGCAGAAUGCAGAAAUGGAAGGUCAUGUAUGCAAUAUCUGGAUAAGUGAGUGCUUUUUAGAAAUCCAGGGAGUAUAACACUGGACAAUGAUUAAGGAAGUUAAGAUGACAGAAGAAUACACUUGGGAGUACUGAGAAACUCGUCAUCAAGUGAGGCUUUUUGACUUCCAUUUAUUUAUAAUGCAUUGAAACAGUUUUCAUGUUUGGAGCGUUGAAGUAGAUGUCACUGUUUUUCUUUCCUCUAA